AUGAAACGCUCGAUUACAUCCAUAAAAUCCCAUCACAAACGAGUCACACGCAACAACCUUGCCCAUAAUGCUAAUGGUUUUUUAAAUAGCGUGAUCACCACCACUUCACAGAUUCGAAGUCUUUUAUUAAGUUCUCAAAACACAACCAAAGAGACGAACAUUCCUUUCCAGCAAAAGCUUCUUUCCGUCGAGGAAGCCCUCCAUCGAAAUAUUCAUGAAGGAGAUCGAGUGUUUCUUCAGACAGGUUGUGGAGUUCCCAAAUAUCUGGUGAAACAUUUGAAAUGCCUCAUUACCCCUUCCAAACCCUUUCAAAAGAAAAUUGAAAUCGUUGGUCUCCAUCUCAAUUACUAUCCCAAUGACCAACCUCCUCAUCUUCAAUUCGAAUACCUGCCUUACUUUCAUACGUCGUCCAUCUUUAUGGGUCCUCAUGAAAGGAGAGCUCUCCAAGAGUGCCAUCUCCAUGCCAGUGAGGAAAAUGCUCCGGUCGAUUAUAUUCCCAUCUUCCUCUCUGAAGCUCCCAUGCUUUUCAAAUCAUCGAAAUAUCCCAUUGAUGUUGCGUUGAUUCAGGUAAGCCCUCCCGAUUCUCAUGGUUAUUGCUCAUUAGGUCCUUCAGUGGAUGUGAGUGUUGCUGCUGUGCAAAGUGCUCGUCGAGUUGUGGCUCAAAUCAAUCCUCAAUGUCCUCGAACUCAUGGAGAUGGUUUUGUUCAUGUGAAUCAUAUUGAUGCCUUUGUAGAACAUUCGGAAGAGAUUUCUGAAUUACUGCUACCUGAGGAAGCUUCUCUUUCAAAAGAAGAACAAGAAGCGAAUAAGAAUAUUGGAGAAUUUGUUGCCAAAUUAACUCCCAAUCGUGCUUGUUUACAAUUAGGUAUUGGAGCCUUACCAAAUGCUAUUUGUUCCUCAUUGAUUCAUCAUCAAGAUUUGGGAAUUCAUUCAGAAACCUUUUCCGAUGGCAUUCUACAAAUAAUUGAGAGUGGGGCUGUAACGAACAAGUACAAGACCAUACAUCCAGGACAUUCGGUUUGUUCAUUUGUUAUGGGCUCUCGUAAAUUGUAUGAUUUUAUUGAUGAUAAUCCGGAAGUGAUAUUUCGAACCGCAGAUUAUGUGAAUGAUGGAACUCAUAUAAGGAUGAACAGUAAUGUGGUGGCCAUAAACAGCGCAAUUGAAAUUGAUAUUACAGGUCAAGUCUGUGCUGAUUCGAUUGGAACUCACAUGUAUAGUGGUGUGGGUGGGCAGUUGGAUUUCAUGUCCAGUUCUGCCAAAUCAGAAGGAGGAAAACCCAUCAUUGCCAUUCAUUCCUGUACGAAAAAGGGAGAUUCAAAGAUUGUUUCUACUUUGAAACAAGGUUCUGGAGUGGUGACAACUCGAGCUCACGUGCAUUAUGUGUGUACAGAAUAUGGAAUUGCAGAACUGUAUGGCAAAAGUAUGAAGGAUCGAGCACAAGAACUGAUUCGAGUGGCACAUCCAAAACAUCGAGAGCGACUCGUUAGGGAGGCAAGAGAGUUUUAUGGAUUUAAUCUUAAAGAUUAA